GCUGAUAAACACGUGGCAGCAGCGGACUGUGUGUCACUGAUAUGUCUGUGUGGUUAUAGAUAUAUAUGUUAUGUAACAGGGAGCGCAUGCUGCUGCGGGUCAGUAACACCGCGACGCUCCCUGCCGGCGGGUUUCACGCAAAGUCAGAGUCGAGUCAUUGCUGUCAGUCCCUGAAGUUUCUGAUGAAAUCGCAACCGACGAAGACACCGCGGCGGUUAAACCUCACUUUAGAGGGGAAACAAAAACAGUAUUAACACCCGGAGGAGAUAAAAAACAGUCUGUAGUGGAUAAAGAAGCUGACAAACUGUGUUUUUGGAACGAAUCUUUUGAAUCUGUCGUCGAUCUCCGGUUAACGAACCGCUGCUACGCUAACCUGUUAGCUGCUAGCUGCUAGCCCCGCUGAGCGCAGCAGACAUCCCGCCGCCGCCUGUUCACGGAGAUUAAAAGCAGAUAAAAAUGGCUUGUUUUUCAUCUUCAGACCUAUUAUUUUGCCUUUCUUUCUGCUCCAGCUCCGCCACCGUCUUCACCACCAGAAAGAAGUCCAACCACCAUUCUCAGCGAAGGGCCGCGAAUCGCGCCGGAGCUAAAAACGGUCUCUCCUGGGGUCCCUGCCGGUGUGAGGGUCGGUGUGUGUGUCAGUCAGAGUAAAGAUGAUGUUUCACUUAUAAAGACUGAAUGUGCUUAAAUGGAAAAGGCUAAUAACAGUUGCUGUUAACCCGGACUGAAGCUGCUGCAGCCUCUCGCAGUCUGACAGCUGUCACAUUAGCUGCUAACUAUAGUUUCCUGUCAAUUACCGCCGAGUUACCACUGCUGCUCAGUUAAUGUCACAUAAUUUGUAUUUUGCACUUUUGAGUUGAAGAUAAUGUUCAGAAACAUGAGUGCUGAGGCACAUUUAUCCGGCGGGCAAAGCCCUUCCUCUCCGGCCGGGCAUGGAGGCGCCUCUCCCGGGCUUCACAGCCAGGAAAGCUCGUGGAUCGGCCUGCUCUCCGUGGUGUCCAGGCCCGCGCUGUCAUUUCUGCAGAAAUAUCUCCCGGGCAGAAGCCGGAACCCGGCCCUGUCCGAGGCAGGAGCCGGAUGGAGAGGUGGAGAGGUGAAAGCCAGCUUAGUGGAUGAUGAGAGAGAGUUUUUACCGCACCUGACCUACCUGCGGUAUCAGCAUGACGGAGCGACCGGCCUGCUGGAGCCCGGAGGCGGCGACGCUUUGCCCUGGCUGACCGCUGACUCUCUGCGGGAAAUGGGGAUUCAAAACACGGAAGAAAUGGACUUAAACCUUUGCCAGCAGACCCAGAUGGGAUAUCUGUCUUCUGCCAGGACUGUACUGAGCCACGUUCUGCUGAACUCUGUGUCAUCUCAGGAAAUAAAACACUCAGGAGGGAAGGACUGGGUGGCCGAGGCGGUGAGCUCCUCCGGGCAGAGCAGGACAUGGUGGGGCUUUUGGGGAGGCGAGGACGCCUCACAGAAAGAGCUGUUGUCAGAUCUGCCCUGGGCUGAAGAGCGGGCGGUGACAGGCCGGCUUUGUCCACAACAACCAGUGGCUGAGACAAAAGCCGCCCCUGCCCAAACAACCGACGUGUUUGUGCAGAGCGGCGGCGGGGGGGUGUCGACGCUGGGAGAAAACACUGGACCGACUGACCACAAAGAGCCGCCGGCCAACAAUGGAGGCCUUCUGACCACAGAGGGGUCCACACCUGACCCCCUACUCAGCAUCAGUAACCACCUGAGAGGCUCAGGAGCUGCCGCCGCCUGCAGCGAGGUGGCACUUCUGACCCCGGACCAGGACAAUGGUUACUCCAGCCUGGAGGAGGAACACGUCCAGAUCCGCCACCUGUACAUGGUCAAAGCCCUGAGUGAAGAGCCGCCGCCGCCACCAGAGGCUGGGUCAACUGACAACAGCACCGCCGUCAGGACCGAGAUGGAGGAGGAGACUUCUGAGGAGGAGGAGUCUUCAUCAAGGAGGGCAGAUGAUGAAGAGCAGGCACAGGAAGACGAGGAAGAAGAGGAAUCAUCCAUGCAGGAGGGUCAGUCUGCUGAGGCGGCGCCGCUCCCCUCCCCGCAGUGCCAGAAUAAAGACAUCGCCUUCAUCAUGGGAUGCCCCUGCAGCGACGACGACAGCAGCCAAUCAGACGGAGAGUCCAGCGAUGAAGACGAUGACGGCUUUGACAGCGAGGGCUCGUCCGAGCUGUCCGACUCGACGGACGAAGAUGACGAAGACGAGGACGAGGCGUCAGACUCGGACAGUGAGGCGGACUCCGAGGCGGAGCGCCUGUGGAGCUCCUUGUGCCAAAGUCAGGACCCGUACAACCCCCGAAACUUCACCGCCCGGCUGCACACGGGCAGCACGCCGCCCAGGACCAUCCCCGCCGCCACACCGCCGUCCUCCACCCAGUCCACCCCCGCCUCUUCCCCCGACCUCACCCCUCUUCCCCUCUCCUCCCUCGCAGCCCCCCCAGCCCUCACCUCCUCCUCCCCCCCCUCUGGACACGACACCUGGGACGACUCGACUUCCGCCAGCGAGGUGGACGAAGCGGAGAGCGUCCACCUGUGGAGCUCCUUCAGCUGCUCCUCGGACCCUUACAGCCUCUUUAACUUCCAGGCCCCGCUCAGGACUCAAAAGCCCGUCGAGCCCGGGCCCCGGGUCAGGGCCAGGGCCAAAAAGGCCUCCCAGACUCCCCCUCGCUCCCCCCAUCACAACCCAGCAGCACCGCCGGAGUACAGGAAGGAGGAGGCUGAGGAGAGGCUCGACAGCGGCUUCUCUGAACCUUCCACCUCCUCCGGUUCCUCGGGUUCCUCCGGUUCCUCCGGUUCCUCCGGUUCCUCGGGUUCCUCGGGUUCCUCCCCACGGAGCUGCAGCACAGUCAAGAAGGUUCGUUUCCGUGACGACGUGGAGGAGUUCUUCGCCAGCAGCGGCGAGGAGGAGGAGGACCGGCGGGGCCCCUGGGAGGAGCUGGCCCGGGACCGCUGCCGCUUCCUGCGACGCUGCCAGGAAGUGGAGCUCAGCAUCGCCUACUGCCUGCAGCCGCAGCACCGCAGCCGGGUGUACCGCCGCCUCGCCGUCCUCUACGUCCAGGACGCCUGAGGACGCCGACCGCACGGCGGGUCACAUGGUCACAGAAGGGAAAAGAGCAGCGAGAUGAACGUUGACACUAAAGAGACACAGACUGUUUGUUUCUGCAGCUCCACUAACUCAACAUGAUUCAGGGCAACUUCAUGACUAGACGACGUCAUCGACGUGUCGGUGGCGGGAAGGGCUCAGACGUCGCUGACGUCACGUCGGACGUCACCCGAAGAGAGACGAGAGGUCGUCACUGUGUUCUGCUCGAGAUCAGACGUGUUGCUUCUGUCGUUCACAGUAAAAAAAAAAAAAAACGUCUGCAGCUGUUUUUCAGUUUCAGUAUUUUCUCUCAAACAUUUAACGUUGAUAAAAACACAAACAGCUGCUGUUUCCAACAAAAACACAACGUUGUGUCGUUGCGGCUUAACGAACCUCCAAACUUUCCUCCGCUGAUUGAUUUUUUUUUAACGAGCUUCAUUUCCUGUUUGUGUUUAUUUAACAACGUUCAUCUGCAGGUUGUUUCUGCUCAUUAAAGAAGCAGCAAACGUGUUGAGAAGAAUCGACUUUAAUGGUUUUUUGAUGGAAACAGCAGCGUCUCUCUGUGACUGGGAUGUAAAAGGUGUGAAGAAGCUUUCAGGUGUUUAUUUGCUUUUUAGUUUUGUCCCGUUUUUAAAAAAAAAAGCCAAAGACGAGCUGACAGGAAGAAGAACCAAACUGUUCGAUCGGAGCUUUGAUUUGAUUUGCAUGAAUUUCUGUCGUUGUUGUUGUUGUUGUUGAAAAGGUUCGUCUUCCUGCUCAGACUCUCCUAAUCACUGAUAAUCAAUACGCUGAGUAUUCUGCUUCUGAUCAGUAUCUGUGGUAUUAAAGCAGAACUCCCUUUAAUGAAUGAAUGAAUGAAUGAAUGAAUGAAUGAAUGAAUCCUCUGACCUGCUGAGAUAUUCUCCUCUCAAUGAUCAGCUGUGGUUGAAAAACACCAUUAAUAAGUAUUAUAUUGAUUAACAACAUUUAUCAGCAACUCAUUUUUUUUAAGCAAAAACAUCAAAUGUUUGCUGGUUUCAGCUGCUGAUGAUUUAUUACAAUAAAACAUUAAACUACAAACCGACAGAAGUAAUGACAGUAAAAUCAACACAUUAAAGAACAAACUGCUGAAACUGAUAAUUAAUCUAUAAAAUCCAUGUGAUCCAGUGCCUGAUCAGAUACUUGUAUGUGGAUGUAAAUUAUCUGCAGUUGAAGAUUAAUCUGCGGUGAGUUGAUGGUCGUUAUAAUCGUCUGACAGCAGGAAACGAUCACGAGGAGCCGAAACCAGCAAAUAUUUGACAGUUUUGCUUAAAAAAAAAAGACUGAAAGUUUAUUAAUUCAUCAAUCUGUUGAUCUGCUUAAUCGGUGCAGCUGUAAUGUAGCUUCAAUCUGUAUCUGACACAUUAAAUAACAGCUGAAAACUAUUGAUCGAUGCUGAUCCUCUAGAGAGAAGACGUCUCACUCUGUCGCUCUGAUCGUUCCGGCGGCGGUGUUACAGAGCGGAGCGUCUUCUCCUCACAGAGGAUCUUUGGUCGAGUACAGACACACGAACCCACAACAGACGAGUUUCAUUUUGUCAUCAGGCGACUAUUUCAGCUGAUACUGAUCAAUACGAUCAGAUCUGAUCAGCUUUAAUAAAGAUGACGUCUUCAGAUGUUUCGUCUAAAAACAAGAUUCAGUUUAUGAUGUGAAAGCAGAAAAUGUGAAACAUCAAAGAAACAAAUAUUUCGUCUUUUUUUUUUUAGUGAAAAUCAAUAAUUCAACAGGAGCAACUUCCUGUUUGUCGUCAUGUUGAGGAUCUCAGAUCUGCAUCACCUGUGACAUCACAUCCUGUUUACGUCGACAGGAGUGUGACCGAGUGUUCAUGAUGAGUCAGAGCAGGAAGUUGAGUCCAGCUGACAGGAAGUUGAGUCCAGCUGACAGGAAGUUGAGUCCAGCAGACAGGAAGUUGAGUCCAGCAGACAGGAAGUUGAGUCCAGCAGACAGGAAGUUGAGUCCAGCAGACAGGAAGUUGAAUCUGAGGCCUGAUGUGAGGAAACAUGUUCACACACAAACUGUCCAACAGAUGAAUGAAUGAAACAGCAGGACGAACUGGAACAGAACGACAGAUCAAUCUUUGGUGUUAUUUUAGUCAAAAGAAGCUUUUUAUUUUUCUAAUGCAUCAUGUUCGGUGGGUAACUUCUGCUUUAUCAUUUCCUCACAACUAAAUAUAAAAUAAAUCAAUAUUUAAUGAUCA